CUCUUCUGUCUCUCCUUUUGUCUCUUCUUACAUUAGCUUUUGUGUUCUUCAUUUUCUGUUCGUUGCUUGUAUUUUAAAAAAAGAAGUUGAUAAGAAUUUCAUACUUUGAUGUCUACACCUUUGGAACAUGAUUACAUAGGCUUAGCAGAGACUUCUUCAAUGGAAAGAAGCUCUGAGAAGAUCUCUUUUUCUUCUUCAGCCUCUUCAGUUCCCUCCACCGAAGAGAAAACCGGCAAAACCGCCAACGACACUUGUCUGAAUCUCAAAGAAACUGAGCUGAGGCUUGGUUUACCAGGUUCUCAGUCUCCUGAGAGAAAACUCUCUCUCUUUGGUAAUGACUUGGAGACUAAUGAUAAAAGUAACGGUUUUGCUGGAGGCCCACUGAAGAACUUGGUGUCUGGAGCUAAGAGGGGUUUCUCAGAUGCCAUUGAUGGGUCUAAUGGGAAAUGGGUUUUCUCUAUGAAUGUUAAACCUGAUGUUGAACUGGCUAAAGCUGCCGUCUUGGCCUCCCCUAGAGGCGGUUUGGACAGUAAAACCAAUUCCCAGCAAGCAAGAAAAUCUGUGUCUGUAAUGAAAGAGGUGGUUGGUGUUCCACAGUCUCCAAAACCAGUUCAAGAUAAAAACAAUCUUGUUCCUCCUGUAAAUGAGCAUGCCAGUGCCCCUGCUUCAAAGGCACAGGUAGUAGGAUGGCCACCAAUUAGAUCAUUCAGGAAGAACAGCAUGGCCUCUAAUUUGGCAAAGAACAGUGAUGAAGGUAAUGGUUGUCUCUAUGUAAAGGUGAGUAUGGAUGGAGCACCGUACCUGAGGAAGGUUGAUAUCAAGACCUACAAUAACUACAUGGAAUUCUCAUCAGCUCUGGAGAAAAUGUUCAGUUGUUUUACUAUUGGGCAGUGCAAUUCCAAUGGACUUCCUGCACGAGAUGGUCUCAGCGAGAGUCGUUUGAUGGAUCUUCUCCAUGGAUCCGAGUACGUGCUGACAUAUGAAGACAAGGACGGUGACUGGAUGCUUGUCGGAGAUGUUCCGUGGGAGAUGUUCUCCGAUUCGUGUAGGAGACUGCGGAUAAUGAAAGGUUCGGAAGCAAUUGGACUAGCUCCAAGGGCUAUGGAGAAAUGCAAGAACCCGAACUAAUGCAAAAGCAUCUUCAACACAUGAAGAAGAAGAAGAAAAAAGAAAUUAGAA